AAUAAAGUGUGCUCAAAUCAAGAAAAAAGAAAUUCACAAGUGUGCUCUGGUUCUCCAGCAAUUCGAGAACUGGCGUGAUGGUCAGCCGGACAGCUUCUUCUCCACCGGUGAGGACUGUGUGGUCAUGAUCUGGCAUGAGAGCGGACAGUGGAACGAUGUGCCCUGCAACUACCACCUGACCUUCACCUGUAAGAAGGGCACAGUGUCCUGCGGUCAGCCUCCUCUCAUAAAGGACGCUCAAGUCUAUGGCAGCAUGAAGCCGCGAUACGAGAUCAACUCUCUGGUUCGAUAUCACUGUAAAGAAGGCUUCAUCCAGAGACAUGUCCCUACUAUCAGAUGCAGAGAAGACGGACAGUGGGACAAGCCCAAAAUCACAUGCUUGAAUCCAUCCACCUUCCAGAAGAUGUAUGCACACAAAUACCAAAACAACAACUAUUACAACAGCAGUAAGAGACGCUUCAGUGAAUCUCAGUACCGCCAUCGCUGGUCAAAAACAGCAGAAGAACUCAAACACUGAUCUGCAUCCAGAUCUACUUCACGUCUAUCUUUCAAGACAAAACAUGUGCCUGAUGAAUGUUUUAUAGAGCCGCAAAGUGAAUUUCCCUGAGGGACUGCAACAAAAAAAAUAAUGAUAACAAUAAAAAACCACCACACACAGCCACUGAGAGUGUACUUUGACUAUGCAAAUGAAUACAUUGCAUUUAAUAAUACUGUCUUAAUGUUUGGAUGUUGGAAUGGGGGCGGGGCUUAAAUGUAUAUAGUAGAAAUGAGGAUCAAGUCAACGCAGCUGUGAAUUGGUGACUGUAUUCAUCCGUAAGUUUUGCUUGCGAAGAACUGGAUUUCCUUUUCUCUCCGGCUCUUUAAGAGAGCACUAUGGUACGAGCAGUUUACUGAUAAAAGGACAAUAGGCUUUAUAUGUUUGUUUUGAAUUGUGGCGAAGGGGUUUGAAUGGGAGGUCACGAGUCCAGAGGACAAACAAUGCUCAAAGACUGCAACUCAUGACUGGAAAACAAAUCUCCACCGUCAUCAUCAUCUUCAGAGAACGCCAUUGUACACUCUCACAAUCAUAUGCUCAUCAAAAUAUAUCUAUAUUUUUUCUGUGUGCAUUUUGUUUUAAAACAUGUGGGGUUGUAAUAUAACCAAUUUGUUUGUUCUUUUAAUGAAUGUCAUGGUAAAGAAUGAAUAUAUGAAUACUGUAUGUGUGGUAUAUGUGAAUGAACUAGCAUUUUUCUUUUGUCAAGCAUUAUUACAAAUGUUAUAAGCCACAGAAGUUUAAUUUAUUGCUGAAGAUACAUAUAACGAUGAAUGAACUGUGAGAUUUUGAAUAAUAAAGCGCUAUUAGAAUAUUAUCAAU